UGAAAAGAAAUACACGCAGAGAUUCAGCAACAUUUCGCAGAGAAAAAUAAAAGAAAUGGAGGCUACAGAUGUCGUAAUGACCAUAUAUAUUCCAAGAAUGUACGGAAUAGGUUAUGUUUUCGAUGGAAUGUUUGACAAGAAGACUGUCAAGCAAUGCGAAAAGAAAAUUAAAGAAAUGGAAAAGGAGAUUAAAAAACACAAUCAAAUUUACAAGAAAUUGCAGGAUCAGCAAAAGGUGUGUUGGCUUGCCGACAGAAAAGUUACAUACAAGAUGGAUACUUCAAAGAAGAUAAAUGAUUACAUCGGAGAGCAUUUAAAUGCACAUGAAGAACGCGCAACACGAAUAGCUAUGAAUAAGGUUCAGAAACACCUUCAAUAAACAUUAAAGCAAGCAAAAAGGACGGAACAAAAGUACCAAGAUCUUUUGGAACAGGAGUCGAGGAUAAGAUCUUCUGUCAAAAAGAUGGAACAGGACAUAGUUAAAAUGAUUGAAUUCCAAGUGAAUGACAGAACAAGGACUUCAACACCAGUGUAAGUAAAAGAUAU